UGUCUGACUUCCGGUUGUCAUUGGUCAAGUUACUGAACUUUUCGGAGUUUAAUAUUACUUUUGCAGCUGUUGUCAGCGAUGAAAAACAUUUGGUGAUUACUGACAUCUACAAACCCACAAACCAUAACUUCUGACAAGAUGUCUAGCACAGAAAACACCACCACAGCUGAAAGUACUGACACCAAUACAAACAAAACGGAAGAAGAAAACAAGCAGGACAGCCAGAAUAACAACCAGACAAAGCCAAUCAAGAAAGUAAAAAGCAAAAAAGACUUGAAGAAUGAUCCCAGUAGAUUUGAUCCACCGGGAGUCAACUUUAACGCCAAGUUGAUAGGGGUCGAUGAAGUCGAGAGUGCCAGGGGAGAUAAGAUGUGUCAGGAGUCGAUUUAUCGACUAAAGGUGGCUGUAAAACAAUCUGGCCAACACAAACAGAAGAUUAUCAUCAAUGUUUCCGUAGAUGGCAUAAGGAUUAUUGACCUCAGAACACAGUCUGUUAAUUUCACUCACCCUGUGCAUCGGAUAUCAUUCAUUUCUCGUGACAUAACAGACAAUAGAGCGUUUGGCUACGUGUAUGGUGCCGGAGAAGGGAAACACAAGUUCUUUGCCAUCAAAACUGAUAAAGCUGCUGAAGCGCUGGUUCUCACCUUGCGGGACCUGUUCCAAGUGGUAUAUGAGCUUAAGAAACAAGAAGUAGAAGACGCAAAAAACAAGAUUGAUGAGCCAGAAAAAGCCGGAGAGGCGAAGGAGGGAGAGUCUGAGGAGCCUGUAUACUCAGAAAUAGAAGUAAAAGAGAAAAAGCAAGAAAAAGAAAAGGAAACUUGUAUUGUAAAAGAGGUGCCUAACAAGAAAACUGAGAAUGAACAAACAAAUGAGGUACCCCCUAACAACCAGCCAGUUGUUACCGAGGCCCCAGAUUUGCUGAACUUAGAAAAUGAGAUGGAGGCAAUGGAGAAGCGAAUUGAGCAGAUCGACACUAUGGAAGAACUGUUCAAGGAGUUAGAAGCUCCUCCACCUGCAAACUCUAGUAACCCAAGCUCUUCCAUAUCGACUUCAUUCUCCAGUGAUUUGGCUGGACUUUCCACAACGGCACCCCUGUCUACAUUUUCUGUUGGCGGUGCCCCAUUUGGAGCCCCGUUUGGUGGCAACCAGCAGUUUGGGCCAAACCCAUUUCCAGGCGCAGGUCAACCAUUUGGUGCUCCAGGGAUGCAGGGUGGUCAGCAUUUUGGUGUACAGCCACCUGUCAGUCAAGCGUUUGGGCAGCCUGCAGGAGGAUUUGGAGCCAAUUUCCCCCCUACUUCCAUUGGGGGUUUUGGAGCUGCUCCUAAUCCGUUUGGGGCCCCUCCAUCUGUGCCUCCCAGGGCAGUGGGGGGAUUCCCAGGUCAGCCCGGGUUUCCAGGCACACCAUUUCCCGGUGCCCAGCAAAAGCCAGGGUUCCCUUCCUCACCACAGCCCCAGAUUAAUGCCCAGCCACCACCAGCCAGUGACCCAUUCGGCAAUGACCCGUUUGAUAUAUCGAGUGGGUUUGAUGACAACGUUCUGAUGCCGGCAAGAAAAGAAGAACCCAGCAAUGAACAGCCGACUUCCAAGGGAGGGAAGGAUGCUUUCGGAGACCUUCUAAGCCUUGAGCCUAAAGGCAACCCCAACCUGAAAGGCAAAGAUAUGUUCACAGCUCUUAGCACACCUGAGAAGAAAUCAUUGAAUCAGAUAAAAGGGAAAUCUCCAUCGCCAAAACCCCCAUCUUCGCCCAAGGCAAGUGAUGAAAAUGACAGCUUCAGCAGUAACCAUGCAGCUUCUCCUGAAGACCCUUUCAGCACCAGCAUGCCUUUUGGGACUUCAGAUCCCUUUGCAAACGACCCCUUUGCAAGCAGCACACCUGCACUGCCAAGCAAUCCACCGAAUGCACAGGUCAAUGAUGCUGUAAUAAAUGACACUCGUAUUGCACAAAUCAAUAAUGACCCGUACAAUAUACCACUUCCACAGAUGCCUCCACCUCCCCUUCCUCAGGAUGUUGCUAGUCACAUAAAUAUGCACACAAAGACUACAUCUGUUGAGGGACCCCCUCCCCCACCUCGCCCAAAUAUUCCUCCCCCCUCAACAGAUCCCCCUAGUCUUCCUCCUAUACCCCCUCGGCCAAAGUCUGGGGCUUCAGACAGCUCAAGGAGCAGUACAGCAAGUUUGAACUCUAUUCAUGACACAGGGCACCAGCAAACCCCAUCCCUUCCACCCCGCCCAAGGGUAGGUAACUUUAGUGUGACAGUGCCAAGCCCUAGGGCAGAUAACUCGAGUGUGACUGUUCCUGGCCUCAGGACAGAUAACUUUAAUGGGACAGUGCCAAGCCAAGGGGCAGAUAAAUCAAGUGCAUUAUUUUCUAGCCCCAUGUUAGAUAACUCUAGUGCAACAGUUCCUAGCAAAAAGGGAGCUAACCCUUGUGUGACAGUGCCACGGCCCAGGCCGAGAGCUUCUUUGUCAAAGCUAUCAACAGAUUUGACAAAUGUUAAUAGCAAAGACAACGUGAUAAAAAAUGAUAAUGUGAUAUCAGGCGGUGAUAGCCUUAAAACAAAGGUGCUGAAUAAUGGCCGAAUCUCAAUGAGCAAUAAUGAUCAACAGUUUACAAACACUUCUCAUACAAGUGCCAAAACGGAGAGAUUGAACUCGACUGAAUCUCAACAUUCAAGCAUCUCGGACUCACCGAAAGUGAGUACGCAAAGAUCUUCUAGUGUGAUAGCAGACCCCUUCGUGUCAGAGGACCCUUUUGGGCAUCAUGACCCCUUUACGCAAACAGACCCUUUUGCCAAUGACCCUUUCGCUGGAGAUCCCUUUUCUGACAUUGGUGACAGCACAAGUAGCAAGACAGAUGACCCCUUUACAACCGCUGUCGCUAGUCCACGUAAAAGUGAUAAUUCUGACCCAUUUUCAGUGUUUGACAAUAAAAUUUUAAAUGACAGCUUUAAGUUUGACAGAUCCUCAUCAAAGAAGGGGAAAUCGAAAGUCUCCGAUUUCAGAGGAAACUCUAUGGCUAACGACCCUUUCGGGAUGGGACCAGCAUUUAAAUAAGGUUUUCUACAGAGGCAUUAUUUCUUGUGAUAAAAGAAAGACCCAACAUCCCUUCCGAGUUCUACAUCAGCUGGCAGUUAACCAAUCUUCGAUCUUCCAACUCGUGUUUUUAAAUAUGUGUGUACAAUACUCAGUAUAUUACCACAUGACUUUAUGCAUGUAUUAUAUUUAAAGGCAUAAUCUUCAUUCUAUAUUAUUUCUUUAUUUAUUGCAAAAUUUAUUGGUUGGUAAAUCAAAAAAUUCAUUUCAAUUGAAUGUAAGAAUAACUGAUAUUUUGUCAAAAAAUGAAAUUAAUUAAAAAGCUGAAUAUGACAAUGUUUAUUUGAAUGUAAUCAUGAUAUAACUUCUUAUUACGAAGUGAAUUGAAUUUAGUUUUUUUUUUUUUUGAGUUCCAAAAAAAAGAUCAAAGAUGUCGAUUUGCCCUGAUUUACAGUUAAAGUUCUCUUCAUCUUUAAUCAUAGCAGUGUCCUUUUUUAUGCUACACUUAUGCGCUUGAUAUGGGCCUAUGAACUAAACUGCUUUAUUCCAUACUCAGUUUGUGCUAAAUCAAACGUACAUGAACUAUCAUUGAUAACAUACUUAUGCAUUGUAAAUUUCUACUGCUUUGAUGUUGUUUUCUUUCAAUUGCGCAAUUACAGGAAAAUACAUUAAAUUUUCAUUGCUAGCUUCAUCAUCACUAUUUUGGAAAAAAAAAGAUUUAGUAUUAAAAAACUGAUAAUGUUAAAUUCAUUGAUUUAAAUUUAUAAUUUCAGUUAUAUUUGCCAGGCAGUAUUUUAUUUUUGUUUUCAAAGGCAUGUCAGUGUAAAUUCUCAAUUUUUGGAUAAAAAGCCCGAAUGACAGCAGAGCCCAGUGUGUUUUUCUGAUACCAGUAUUAUCUACUUGUGUGAGUUCUAUUAAAAGAAUGGUUCAUUUCUUAAACAAGUCUGAAAAUUUACGGAAAAAAAUAGAAAAGAUUUAGUGUUUUAAAUGUUUGAAUUUAUUUGGCCUGAAUUUUGAUGCUAGUUACAGAAUAUUGUUGUGUUGAUUGUUUGGGGUUUUCUGUUAAGUGAUAACGCCAAAAGUUGCCAAAUUUGUUAAAGAUGGUGUUAAAAAAGGUUUUAUGUCUAAUAGAGUAUGAAAUACCUUCGUAGUGUAUUGAGUCUAUGCUCAAUCAAUCAAUUUAGUUGCUACCACAUUUAGAAAGUAGUUUACUAGUGCAAUGCAGUUUUUAGCGUUUUAUGAAUUAAUUGAAAAAAAAAAUGUUGUAUAUUUUUUUAUGUUAUGUCUAUAUAGUUUAUGAAGUUGUUGCUACUUAAAAAUGUUGCCUAUAUACUUACUUGUUCACUGUGUCACUUGAAGGCUUUGUUUUAGAUAGAAUAAUAAUCAUGACAUUAGACCAUUUGUUCAGAAUUUUGUGAAAGCUAACAACAUUGUUAACAGUAUCAUUGUUAACUUCAAAAGAUUAACUAUUUUUUAACAUACUCAUAUAUUUAGAAAAAAUCAGGUACAGCUCAAACUUCACAUAAAAAAUGUGUCCAUUUUUGUUAAAGAGCAAUAAAGAUUUGAAAGUUAACAACUAUGAUGUUUACAUUGUUGUUAACUUGUUAACAAUAUUCUGAACAAUAAGCCGAUUUUACUUAAAUUUAAAGCAAAUGGGAUUGCCUACCAGCUUCCAAUAAAUACAUUGCUAUAUGGUUCAUUUAAAAUGUUAAUGACUAGGAAAAGCUUGCUCACUUCAUGCGCUUCGCCCCUCUUAUAAAUAAGAUUUUACUUAAUAUAUUUUUAACUGUUACCUCAUGAUGAUAUAAAACUAGAAGUGAUCAUAUACUAAGCUAUUAAACUUACAGAUAUAAUAUUCUACUUCCAUUUAAAGGGCUGAUAACAAUCUACAUUAAUUUAAAAUCACUUCCUGAGAAAGUUAACUAAUGUAGUCAUCAUUUCGUUGAUAUCAUUUUAUAGCAUAGCCUAUGUAUCAACAGUAUGAAUGAUCUCCGAAUAUGUGCUUUAAAAGAAAAAGAUUUUAUGAAAAUUUAUAUCAAAAGCAAUUCUUUAGUAUCUGAAACAUCUUGUGAUUCAAGUGUUCUUAGGUUAUUCUCAGGUUAUUAAAUAGGAAGUUAUGUUAGAUUUCCCUCUUUGUGUCUGGUUAUCACAGUGGUCUAACCAUUUAACACUUGACUCUUCGCCAUAGGGUCCUGGGGUAGGUUCUGUGCCUCGGCAUAUUUGAGUUUGGCUGUUGGUUACUAAGCCGGACAAGUUUGUUUUUCUCUGGUUUCCCUCCUUCCUCAACGAAAGACCACUUUUUCCUGUAGCAUUAUGCUAACAAGAGGGAUUAAUGUAUAUAAUGUUGUAAUAACUUGACAUUUUUCACAAUAUAUUUAAAAUAAGUCUAAUCUACUUUAAUGACCUCCUACAUGGUUUAGAACAAAAUUCUCACACAAACAGUAUGAUAUAUUGUAUUUAUCUCCAAUUAAACAUUGUGAUAUAUUGAUAUAAAAAUGUUCUUCCCAUAUACACAGCGUAAAUGGCCAAUGUUAAUGGCCGUCCCUUUGUGCAAUGUAGUUUGUUUAUGCUCAUUCAUUUUAUAUCCUUGUUCGUUGCUGUAGGUUUUUGCUUAAAUACAUACAUGUAUUUCCCUUGCUUAGAAUGAUUGAUUGUUGAUUAAAGAGAAUCAUAAUAUAGCCUAUUCGUUGCCAGCAUCAUUUAUGUUAGUGAUUAUUAGUAUAUUAAUAAAGCACAUUACUUUUG